AUGAGAAUCGUCUGGCUCUUAUCAGCAGUAAGUGCUCUUUAUUUUGAAAUUUCCGAAAGAGACAAGAAAUGCUUUAUCGAGGAACUUCCCGAGGAUACACAGAUGACUGGCAAAUAUCUUGUCCAGCUUUUUGACAAGCAAACCAAGGAAUGGAAAGAAACGGCCCCGGGCUUUGGAAUGCAUGUUGAUGUUACUGAUCCAAGAGACAAGGCUGUUCUCUCACGAGCUUAUGGAGCCCAAGGAAGAUUUACUUUUACAUCUCAUCACCCCGGCGAGCACAAAAUUUGUCUGGCCGGAAACUCUACCAACUGGUCUUCCUCUGGUCGACUCCGAGUUCAUCUUGACUUACAGAUCGGCGAGGACCGUGAAGGAUACAAAGAAAUCGCUGAAAAGGAGAAACUCUCGGAACUCCAGCUCCGCGUCCGACAACUUCUCGAUCAAGUGAAUCAAAUUCAAAAGGAGCAGAACUUCCAGCGCUCCAGAGAAGUCAGAUUCAGAAAGACAUCGGAAAACACAAAUGCAAAGGUCUUUUGGUGGGCGGCAGUUCAGUCAGCGCGCUCCGCGUAUUCCGAUGAUUCCAGAGAUGAAGGAGACGACUCCACGAGACAAGAACAUGCAAAGAUUCUGCAAAGCCUGCGAAUAAUUGAGGGCGAGAAGAAAAGAUGCCAAAAUCAGUUUACUUUGGACUCGCGCAAAGACAAGAAGAAGAUUGACCUUCUUCUUCGAGAAAAAGCUGAACUCGAGAAAAACAUCAACUUAGCUCAGUCCCAGCAAAAUAGACACAGAGAUCAAGUUAAUGAAACUGAGAUUCGAACAACUCAGCACGAUGUUGACAUGCUCGACGUUGAGCUGGAGGAAGAGCGCAAGAUUGCGGCUGAGCUGGAUGCGCAAAUCCGAGGGAAUCAGAAAUCGAAUCAGAAUACACGUGUUCGCAGCGCGACGCUUUCGCAAAAAGCUGCCCGCGGAGCUAAUGCCACUCGAGACUCAAAAGUCAAUGAUAUCGAAGGGCGGCUUUACAGAGCGAACGCAAAGUACAACCAGACAGUCGCUUAUAAUGCGCAGAAGCGGACUGAAAUCCAAACGUACCGACUUGAGCACAGAAACUUUGAGCAAGCAGAGCGCAAAAUUGACAAGAAACUCAAAGCCGUGAAAAAAGAGACGCAACAAAUAAUGGAAGCGAGCGCGAUCGCAUACGAGCAGCGCGAAGAUGCCAAGACAAAGCACGCUAAUCAACGAGAGCGCUCAGAGAAAGAGCUCGCCCAAUACAACUCAGAUAUCAAACAGCUCGAGAGACUCAACGAGAACCAUUUCAACCUCAAGGUCUUCAUGGAAAAUAAGAAUCAAGAACGCAUGGAAGUUAAUACUGGACCGAGUCAGCGAGCUCUUCAAAAACGCCGUGAUCAGGAGUUCAUGUUGGCCAAGUGCGAGCAUAACUGGAAACAAAUCCAGGAGAUCACAGGAACAGACGAUAUUUCCGUCAUGGUGGAGCAAUUCAACGAAACUGAACGCGAGAACUUUGCCUUGUUCAACUACAAUAACGAGCUCAACAACAACAUUGAGCACGAAAGCGAUGCGAUAGCAACUCUGAAAGCGAGAUUUACCUCUCAAUCCACCACCUCGCUUCUCAACGACGACGAACGCAACGCCAUGCUCAUCGCUACGAAGGAAACCCUAGAAGAGAGCGACAAAGCCAUGACAACUGCGAUGAAUUACCUUCAACAAUCCAAUGACGAAUUCGAGAUGCUUACUCAGGGAAUUACCCAGCUUACUAAGCAACUUUCUCUUGAUGUUUCGAUUGAGCACAAUAAUGAAUUGAUGGAUGUUCUUGGCGCGAUGGAAGACCGCAUCAACGAGCUUAUCGCCGCGAAAGCCGUCAUCGUUGAAGAGCUCGAUCCGGACAUUCAUCAUACAGCUCGACUGCUCGUUCCAGGACCACCACCUCUUCCAAUCGAGGAACGCAGCGCCUUGUUUUCUGCUCCAUCAACUGGUGACGCACCAAAUAAUGAGCAAAAAGAAGACAUGAUCAUCUCGUCCGUACCGCUUGAUUUGGACGAGCUUCGACUCCGUGUUCGCGAAAAACGCGAACGAGAAGCUUCAUCGCUCAACCCCGAGUCUUCCCAGAAGUUCGAAACUACUAGCGAGAAACCCUUGACAUCAGAGUCGAAGAUCAGAAGUCGACAAUCAUCCAUGGCAACAUCUCAACCACCAAGCAAGCAGCUCGAAGAGGCCUGA